ACUGUCGACGUCACCACUUGUCGGCUGCGCGCGCAGCGGUGGCCGGGGCUUGGCGGAGGCGCUUCCGGCUUGGAGAGGGACCACUACCUGGCAGGUCCUGAAGGAUGCUCUCUGGUCCCCAACCUGGAUCCCCCAGCAUCGCACACUCCCCCUAGAUGGGGACCCCGAACGCCCAGGCGCCGAGGGACUCACCCAGGCCUUUCCAGAGGUGUCCGUGGGACCUUCCGAUCCCCGCGGCCCUCUCCCAAGGCAGGCCAGGCUGAAGGCACCGGCCAGGCUUCCCUACACCUGGACAUUGAGAAGCUGAUGGAAAGGAAAGAGGAGCUAGACCAGGAGAUCGCCCAGCUCCAAUCUGACGGCUACUGUGAGGAUGAACUGGCCCAGCACAUCUCGCAGCUCCAUGAGUACAACGACAUCAAGGAUGUGGGGCAGAUGCUGCUGGGGAAACUCGCCAUGAUCCGGGGUGUCACCACCAAAGAGCUGUACCCAGAGUUUGACCUGGACUUGAACGACUGAUCCCAUCCUGGCCUGGAUGGCUCCCAGGCACACAGGUGUGAGCCAGGCACAGAGUCCCUGGCAGGAAAUUGUCAGCUCUCUUUUUCUACAAAUCCCAAGUGGGGUCAGGAGGGGUCCCCGAGCCGGAGAAGAAGCAGGCAGACAUGUGGGUUUCUCACUUCAUGUCUGUAAUGUGCUUGGGUCUCCAAUGUCCGUUUCUCCCCUCUUUGUAAAUAAACACUAGGUCACGUGGUGA